AUGCCUUGUUGCAAUGAUUCGGAAGAAAUACAAUCAUAUAUCAAGGAAUUUGUGAUUGGAUAUUUUGGGUACACUUACAUCAAAGAAUUACUUUUGGGAGGCAUUGCUCAACAAACAAUCACUAUUACGGAAGAAAACAGACGAAGUCUAGUAAAGAACGGAUUUAGCAAGACAGAAAACGGUGAAUACAGUAGCUCAGCGUUAGGAAUAUUCAAAAUCAAAGCGGGAUUCAAAGUAACAGACGAAUUUAAUGAAUCAAAACUAGCCAUCUUUAGUCAGUACUCGCAACAAAGUAGUGUAGUUACAUUUGGUGGAUCCACUACUUUACAGUCUAUCGAAACUUGGUCCAGUACCGUGCCUGGGAAUCCUGCUGCGAUUAAGUUAAAAACUGAACCUCUUGUGAAUUUACUAACAGAGCGCACGUUUCCUGGUGAUCCAAAUAUUGCAGCAAAGCAAGCUCUUAUUCAAUCUGCUGUUACCAAAUAUAUAACGAAGGAAGUUUUUUGCUAUAACAAAUGUUCCUAUCCUAACGGAGUAUGCCCACCAACGAGCAAUUACUUUGGUUUCGCAAAGUGUGUAUGUACCAGUGGUUAUACAGGCUAUGACUGUUCGAAGCCUAAGUAUGUACCGACAGGGAUACUCGCACAAAGCGAGCCCGGUGAGAAAUGUCUUCAGGGUAAUACAUAUUUUAAACAAUUAAUCUCAUCGUACGACACUUCAUGUUUUCUUGGAAUGUGCGAUACAACGUAUAAUUAUUGGCAAGGUUGUCAUUUCUCGAAUUAUCAACUGGGCAUGGCCGGUGGUACAGCUAAUACGUUGUGCGGAAUUUCCUAUGGAGAUUUAACGAUACUAUGCGAUGGUAUGAAUCCAGGCUCUGAACCAUGUCCCACACAAUACACCCGAAUCAAUACAGGGACCGAUUUCUUCUGGACAUGUGUCAAACAGUCGAGCGUGUUCAGUGACGAUUUGCCUGGCACAUUAUGUGGACUUCAUUCGAGAAAAGAUGACGGUAAGCAUAUAGCUUGUGGAGGCUUCUAUCCGGGUGCUGGAAAAUGUCCAACUGGUUACACAUUGCGCCAAGGAGUUGCACACUCUCGAGGUGGCGGCUUCGUCAGCACCUGUUCCAAGGAUUGA